AUGGGGGGGAAGAAAGGUGAUACCAAACCAGCAAAGAAAGGAGGAGGAAAAGAAUCUGCUGCUUCUUCUAAACCUGCACCCAAAAAGGAUGAAAAGAAAGGAGGGAAAGGCAAGGAAAAAGAUGACAAAAAGAAGGGGAAAGAUGCUAAGAAAGCAAAGAAAGAAGUGACCAGCGAUUCAGAGGAAGCCUCUGAGGCAGAGCUCAUCAAGCAGGCAAGUGAAGAGAGCAAAAAUGAGGAGGAAGAAGAAGAUGAGAGUGAAGUAGAUGCCAGAAGGAGAAGAGGUCGGGAGAAGGGUGUAGUGGCUCUAAAAGGAGCGUCCAAAGCAAUGGCAGGAAUGAAUCAGGGCAACAGGAGGAAAGGUCAGCCAGUGGCUAAAGAAGAAACAAAGCCCAAGGAAGGUGCACUGAGGAAGGACAUUUCAAGAGCCCAACUGAAAGGGGCAACAAAGGCAAUGGCAGGGCUGGCAAAAAAACCUGCCCAGCCACCCACUAAGAAGAAGAGUUUAAAAGCAACAUCCAGGUUGUUUAUGAAAUUCCGGCAAAUGAAUCCAAGGAGAUCCAAAAAGGGUCAUUUUAAGGCAGCUUCAAAGCUUCUUACAGGCUUCAGGAAGAAACUCGUGCCAUCAUCUCUACUGAACAAAAAAAAGAAGUCAGUGGCAAUGCUCAAGAACACUUCCAAACUCAUGCUGGGCUUACGGAAAAGCUUAAAGAAACAGCCUCCUAAACCACAACCAAGUGAUGGAACCAAGCAGAAACCCACUUUCAUGCUGUUACGUCUUGGGGGAAAUUCAUCUAAAACAGAUCAGAAGGGACCAGGGGGUCUGCUUAGUGGCCUCUUUGGGAGGAAAAAGGCAAAAAACAAGUUUCAGCCCAAAGCAAAGGUACUUACUAAAGUAUCCGCUGCUGCUAGCUGGUUAACCAAAAAAUUUCUGUCCAAGAAAAGGGGGUUUUCAGAGAAUGAUAAAGCCAUACAGGAGGCAUGGCUGUCCCGAAUGGGGGCACAGAAGUUACCUUUCCCCACACAGGAUGAGUUUCGCAGGUACCAGGCAAACUUGCAAAGAUUUCCUGGUGUUCACAGAUUUCAUGGCCAGAAUGAGGAUGUCUAUGGGAAUCCCAAAAACUUUGAAGCAUACCACCAAAGGUUUCCAACUCAAAGUUAUACACCACAAGGUCCUGGCAGAUAUGAUGACCCAUCCAUGGAAUAUUAUGACUAUGGCAAUGAAGAUUAUGGUUAUGAUGAUCAGGGAUACCUAGGCAAUGAGAACAGAUUUCCAUAUGGCUAUGACUCAUAUCCUGGAGAAGAAUUAGGCUAUGAUGACUAUCCUGAAUACCAAAUGGAUGAGGACUAUCCUUCAUAUGAAGAAAACAUGGAGUAUUAUGGCGAGGACAGCCACUUGCUAAGGAGUCAAAAUUCUAGGUUUGAUUAUCAGGUAGAUGUUCAUAACCCACCAAAUACUUAUUCAGGCUACGAUUUUGAAGAAAAUGAAAUGGGAUACUAUGAAGAUGCAAUGAAUCCUUAUGGAACAAUGGAAAAUGGGAGAAACCCAUUUUUAUCUUUCAGUGAUCAAAGCAAUUACUCUGACUUUAAUGAUGUGGAUGAGUAUAUCUCUACAAAUGCCACGCCAAACUACAGAGAUUACCCAGUGUCUCCUUAUGCUGAGCCAUUAAAUCCAUAUGCCCAGCCCAUGGAUGAUGUCAUGGAAACUGAUGAAGCAAUGGUUGGGCGUGAUGUAAAUUAUUAUGAGGAUCAAGACAUGGAAGAAGAAACUCCCUCCACAUUAUCAAUAAAUAGAAAAUACAAGCUUUUUCCAAGACCUCAAGUGAAACUGUUUGGCAGAGAAAAAUUAGACGUCCCUCUACCCCCAUCACCCCAUAUUUCUUUUACUGAUUAUGAUGAGGAAGAGGAGGAGGAAGAAGAAGACGAGCCCUUAAUUCCUCCUGCCCGACAACAAAGAAAUUUCAGGCAACCUCCUAACAAAUCACUUUUUGCAAAGUCUGUGCAAAGAAAUUAUGGACAGCCAUGUGCAAGGGGUGUUCAAAAUGUAUUAUUUGCAAAACCAGUUGGCAAGAGAUUCAGUGGAUAUCAUCAGGAGAAUUGCCAAGAAAAUGAAUCACUGGACUUCUCUCCAAGAGCAUUUGGCAGUCCGUUGGGACAGUUUAUGAAAGAGACACUUAAUCCAAAGCCAAUUUUAAAGCAUAGUGGUACUCGAAGAAAUACCCAGCCACCCUCUGAACCUCCAUAUAGAAAUGCUUUUGCUGAAAGCAAUGUCCCACGAACACCUUCUCCACAACCAUCCCUAAAACUUUUCAAAGGUCCGCUGAUGCAGGGCGGAUAUCAGGAACAAAAUACACCUUCUGCUCAGCAAAACUGGAGUCAAAGAAACACUCAGUUACCCUCUCAACCUCCAAAUAGGAAUGCUUUUGUAGAAAGCAAUGUCCCACAGACAUCUUCUCCACGACCAUCCCUAAAAUACAUGAAAGGCCCAGUGAACCAUGUGGGAUUCCAGAAACAGAAUGCACCUUCUGCUCAGCAGUUGGAAAACCUCCAGAACAAUUUAGAGCAUGAGCCUUACCAUAAGCGAUUUGGUCUAAAGUUGGCUGGUAUGGAUUCAUCCAAUGUUUCCAGAAAACCUACGUUUUCCGCAUCCAAUAAUAAUAACACUGAAGCAAAACCUUCUCCUCAGCCUACUCGUCAGUCUCCUCAGCCUGUUCAGAAGUUUUAUAAUCAUGGAAAAAAUCCGGCGGGGAAGCCUCAGAGCAUGGGCCGUGAGGAGCAGAAUGAGGAGCAUGGCUUCCAUGACAUGACUCAGCUGGAGGACCUUCAAGAGGCUUCAGUGCUCGAUAACCUGCGGAAAAGAUUUGACAGAGAAAUAAUCUACACAUAUAUAGGCAGUAUCCUGCUCUCAAUGAAUCCAUACAAGAUGCUGAAUUUAUAUGGGACAGACCAUGUGCUCAAGUAUGAGGGGAAGGCCCUGGGAGAGAAUCCACCACACCUUUUUGCUAUUGCGAAUGUUGCGUACACCAAACUCAUGGAUGCCAAAAACAACCAGUGUAUUAUCAUCAGUGGGGAAAGUGGUUCUGGCAAAACAGAAGCCACAAAGUUGGUUUUGCAAUACCUGGUAGCAAUAAACCAGAGGCGAGGUGUGAAAAAUAAGAUUCUAGAAGCCACUCCUCUACUGGAAUCUUUCGGAAAUGCCAAAACUGUCCGGAACGAUAACUCCAGCAGAUUCGGGAAAUUCAUAGAGAUCUAUCUUGAGGAGGGAGUGAUUUGUGGUGCCAUAACUUCACAGUACCUGCUUGAAAAGUCCAGGAUUGUAUUUCAGGCCAAUAAUGAGAGGAAUUACCACAUAUUUUAUGAGAUGUUGGCUGGACUCCCCUCUCAGCAGAAGCAGAUGUUUUACCUUCAGGAUGCCGAGACUUAUUACUACCUGAAUCAGGGCUGCAACUGUGACAUUCCCGCGAAGAGCGAUGCGGAUGAUUUCCGUAGACUUCUCAAUGCCAUGGAAUCUCUCAGCUUCACCGGGGAGGAGCAGGACAGCAUCUUCCGAAUCCUUUCCUCCAUCUUGCAUCUGGGCAAUGUCUACUUUGAGAAACACGAGACGGAGUCCCAAGAGAUUGCAUCGGUGGUGAGUGCAAGUGAGAUCCGUGCGGUAUCUGAGCUGCUGCAAAUCUCCCCCGAGGGGCUCCAGAAAGCCAUCACAUACAAAGUGACUGAAACCAUGAGAGAAAAAAUCUUAACUCCGCUGACAGUGGAAAGUGCUGUUGAUGCCAGAGAUGCUAUUGCCAAGAUUUUAUACUCCCUGCUGUUCAGCUGGCUCACAGAAAGGAUCAACAAGCUGGUGUAUCCCAAGCAGGAUGCAUUGUCCAUUGCUAUACUGGACAUAUUCGGGUUUGAGGAUCUCAGUUUUAAUAGCUUCGAGCAGCUGUGCAUCAAUUAUGCAAAUGAAUACCUGCAAUUCUUCUUCAACAAGAUUAUAUUCAGGGAGGAACAGGAGGAGUACAUCCGUGAGCAGAUCGACUGGAGGGAAAUUUCUUUCAGUGAUAAUCAAGCGUGUAUAGACAUCAUUUCCCAGAAGCCCCAUGGAAUUCUCAGGAUAUUGGAUGACCAAAGCGGCUUUCCUCAGGCCACAGACCACACGUUUCUACAGAAGUGCCAUUACCAGCAUGGCACCAGUGACUUGUACUGUAAGCCAAAGAUGCCUUUACCUGAGUUUGGAAUCAAGCAUUUUGCUGGAAAAGUGACUUACCAGGUCCACCAAUUCUUGGACAAAAAUUAUGACCAGGUUAGACAAGAUGUCCUGGAUCUUUUUGUCAACAGCAAAAUUAAGGUGGUAGCCAACUUGUUCUUCAGCCAUGCCCAGGUUCUGGCCCAGCAGAAAACCAUGAUGGGGAAGGGCAACACAGUCACCCGGAAGUACAAGGCCUCCACCGUGGCUGCAAAGUUCCAGCAAUCCCUGCUAGAGCUUGUGGAAAAGAUGGAGAGGUGUAAUCCAUUUUUUGUGAGAUGUAUGAAACCCAACAGUAGGAAGGAACCAAAUCUGUUUGAAGCAGACAUUGUUACCAGUCAGCUCAAGUACUCUGGUAUUUUAGAGACCAUUCGAAUCCGGAAGGAGGGUUUUCCUGUCCGGAUGUCUUUCUCCUUUUUUCUGAGCAGGUACCGUUGUGUCAUGGAUCUUGGGCGGAAUGUCCGAAUAGAUGGACAGACGUGUGUCACUGCUCUAAAGAAGCUCUGCCCGUCGGCUACUCCUUCCAUGUACUGCAUUGGCGUCAGCAAGCUGUUCAUGAAGGAGAAGGUGUAUCAGCUGCUGGAAAGCCAACGGGAUCAGUUCAUGAACAAAUUUGCGGUGACUCUACAGCGCUACAGUCGUGGUUACCUGACCCGAAAACGCUUCUACAUCCUGAGAUACAGGAUCAUCCAGCUACAGGCCCUUGCACGGGGUUAUCUGGCCAGGAGGAAAUUUUACAACUGGAGGAAGAUAAUGACGAUGUUCAGGGCAGUGGUCCGUAUUUAUGUGAAUCGGAGGAAGUUCCUGAGGAUGAAGGCAGAGGCUCGCAGGAUAGAAGAAGAAGAACACAAGAAGGCUGAGCGGGAGCUCACCAAGAGAGAAGUGGUGAAUGUGACCCACCUGGAACUCCCGGCAGAACUGGCAGGGCUAUUGCGUUCCACAACAGCUACGAAAAACCUCACGUUGGAUUUUGUCCUGCCCAUUCAAAGCCCCCGGGUAGAAGCUGACACCCAACUAACACUGCCCCUGGACAUCAACAACUACCUUAUGUUUAAAUAUGUGCGGGUUUUCUUUAAGGAGCCAUUAUUUGGGAUGCUUACCGUGCCUCAUGGGUCCUCGCUGCUUCCUGUGGAGGAUGAUCUGCGGCAGCAUGCUAUCUCUUCAUUUAAAUUGAUAUUACGGUUCAUGGGUGAUCCCUAUCUCGGAGGAACCCAGGAGAUUUUGUUCGGCAAUUACAUUGUCCAGAAAGGCCUCUCUAAUAUUGGGUUGAGGGAUGAGAUCCUUGCUCAGGUAGCCAAUCAAGUGUGGAGAAACAGCAACCCAAACAAUGAAGAACGAGGCUGGUACCUGCUGGCCUGCUGUCUAAGCACCUUCGCUCCAUCGCCCAAUCUGGACAAGUAUCUUCUCAAGUAUGUUUCUGAUUAUGCACACGACGGAUAUAAACCUGUCUGCCAGCAUAAACUCAUCCAGGCAAUACAAAAGUCCCAGCAAGGUUCCGAAACAUCCAGGAAUUUCCCUCCAAGCCAAUUAGAGUGGACGGCCAGCAGGGAGAGAGCAAAUAUGGCAAUGGACGUCCAUUUCUUUGACGGUGAGAAAAUCUCUUGUCCUAUUCAUUCUUGGACUGAUGGAGAGGAGAUAGCAGGUGACGUACUCCGGCACAGGGGUGUGAAAGAAGGCUACAGGGGAUGGUCAGUGUCACUAAAAGAAGGAGGACAAUGGACAGAGCUCGCUGGCCAAGAUUAUGUCCUGGAUUUAAUUUGUAAUAUGGAGCUGCCAAGAGAUUUCCCCAAACAGAAGUCAUAUUUCAUCACAACAUCAGAGACUAUCCAGGAGAACAUCAGCCACCCCAGUGCAGUAUUUGGGAACAGUGGAGAAGCUGGGGAAUCUGUUCCACCACCAUCGACAGCAAAGGCUCCUUCUGUACCACGUCAAGAUUCUGAAGGUUAUCACAAUGAUUCCGACUCUGUGAGUGAACCUCAGUCCCAGAAGGGAAUGGAUAACUACCUCGACAGUCUGUUUGAUCCUGUUUUAUCCUAUGGCAAUGGAGACCUGGAGAAGUUAACUGCUUUGUCCCAAAAGAUGAAGGGCGGUGGAGGGGUGGGAGGAAGAGAUGGCAGGGAGGUCCCCAGAGACUCCAACUUUUCUGGCGAUGAGCCAUACAGUGCUGGUUUGGAUGCCCAACAGCAAGCCUACAUCAACCAACAAGCCAUAUUGUUGGCUCAGCAGAUGACUAUGCAGGCCAUGGCUAUUCAGCAACAGAUGGUGAACAAUCGUUCUGCUGAAAUGAUCAACAGACCCAGACUCCGCAUGACAGCCCAGCCUGUCCGUUCAAACUCACAACGAGUAACCCCAACAGUGGCACCCAUGCCCAGAACUGGGGCUCCAUUCCAGAGAAAAGUUGUUUAUGGGACUCCAAGUAGGAUUCAGAGAUCUCCUGCCAGAGAGAGCUCCCAACGCAGACCUGUAUGGGCAGGUCCAUCCAACCCCCACCACCCAGAUGACCUUAUACAACACUCUGCAAUGAAUUCUGAGCACCACCCAGAGUCAAGCCACAACAAGAACAUACUUAAUCGUUAUAAGCAACCUGGUGCCAUCAGGCAACCAGGACCUGUUGUAAGAAAGCAACCAGAACAUUUUUUCGGUAGAAUAAUAGAUCCACAUGAAGAGGCCCUAAAUAUGCUGAACAGACAGAGGCCAACCCAUCUACUCACAAGACCAACACCAGUCUCCAAUAUGUCUUAUGUUCCCAAGGCACCUAGAGACACUGUGGCCUUUGUAAAGCCUGUUCCUAGCAUCAAGACAAAGACACCCGUUGCCAAACCACCAGUAAGCCAUGUCAGACCAACUACUGCACCUACAGUCACUGUUAACCGGGAACUGUCUGAGGAGCAGGAGAACAUCCAGACCCAACUGCAUCGCCAGUAUAGUGAAGAGUAUUACACAUACACUAAUGUUCUGUGGCGGAUAUAUAUCAGGAAGGAGGUAUUUUAUCCUAGAGACAGUUUUAACAACCCCCUGACCCUUGAUCUUAUCUUCAAGCAGAUUAUCAAUGACACCCUCACAGAGAACUGCAUCAGGAUAUCCAAGGAAGAGAGGCAAAAGAUGAGGUCCCUACUAGCUGGUUUUAGGUUGGACUCCAUCAAUGCCAUUGCUGAUGAAAGUGUGAAAAAAAAGAUUGUCACGGUUGCCAGGGAGGAGCUGGAGGUAUACUUCUCACGCCUUUUCCCGGCUGCGGGAAGUGAGGGCACAGGUGUUCAGUUCCUCGGAGUGUCGCAUGUUGGGAUAAAACUACUUAAGUUGCUGAAGAGAAGUGGUUCCACCCCUGAGCAGCUCAGAGUCUUAAGAAGUUACAGUUACACAGACAUCAUGUUUGUAACUGUCCUCUCCAAAAAUAUGCUGGAGUUCAACCUGACCAAUGAGAAGCUCGUCUUGUUUUCAUCGCGCUCAAGUCAGGUGAAGACCAUGAUAGACUGCUUCCUGACGGAACUGAAGAAGGAUUCAAACUAUGUUGUUGCAGUGCAAAAUUAUGUGACGGAAGAUAAGUCUUUUCUGAGUUUUCAUAAAGGAGACAUUAUCCGUCUCCAGGCAUUAGAUGGACUUGAGAAAGGAUGGAAGUUUGGUGCCAUACAUAGCCGUGCAGGCCUCUUACCAGCAGAGUGUGUGCAACCAGUGGCCGCUCCAGACUUUGUCAAUCUCCCAGCUGAUAGGAAGGAAGAGCCACGAAACCGGCAGAGCAGGGCUGCAGCAUCAGCAGCGGUGGCCGUGGCGGUCGCAUCUACAGCUGUCGCUCAUGAAUUUGACAGAAAGAUGGAUGGUUCUCCUACCCCCAGCGAAUACGCAGAGAGUUUGGACGAAUAUACAGACCCUAACACGUCAGAGAUUAUGCUUCAAGGAAGUCCGUACAACAUGGUGGAAUUUGCCAAGAAGUACUUUAGAGAGGGUCAAAGGCUGGCCGCACAAGAUAAGUCUCAGAAGAUGUCAGGUGACUCUAGUAAACAGGGUUCGAAGAAGAGCAAAGAGCCCAAAGAUCUCGAGGAGAUGCUAAAAUUCACUAAGACUCCCAUUCAGGAGUCACUCAUUGAGUUCAGUGACGGAAGCAUGAACAGAAUCGCAGCUGAUGUCUUCACAGGCAUCAUGAAGUUCAUGGGAGAUCUGCCUCUGAAAGGACAGUCUGAAUUGGAUGCCGUCUAUUCAGUCCUAAAGCUCUGUGGGGAACAUGAAGUCAUGAAGGAUGAGGGCUACUGCCAGAUCAUGAAGCAGAUCACGGACAACACCAGCAGCAACACGGACAGCUGCCAGCGAGGGUGGAGGCUUCUCUUCAUCCUUACGGCCUACUAUAAGUGCUCAGAAGUGCUGAAGCCUUACCUCUUCAAUUUCCUCCAAGAUACAUGCAGGAGCCCCGGGUUGCACUACCAAGGGAUUGCCAAGGCAUGUGAGCAGAAUCUGCGCAAGACCAUUCAAUAUGGAGGGCGCACUGAAUAUCCAAGUGCCAUAGAGCUGAAAGCCAUGGUGGCUGGAAGAAGCUCCAAGCGACAGCUGUUCCUUCUGCCCGGGGGAAUCGAGAGACACCUUAAGAUCAAGACAUGUUCGGUGGCCUUUGAUGUGAUUGAGGAGAUCUGUAUGGAAAUGGGGGUGCACAAGGACGAAGCCUUCCAUGAAUACGCCAUAUUUGCUGUUACCAACAGGGGGCAGAAUGUGAGGCCCCUGAACAGGAAAGAAUAUAUCCUGGAUGUAUCUGCAGAGAUGGAACAGACCGACAGUAACUACAUGUUCUGGUUCAGGCGCAUUAUCUGGGCCCAGCAGCUGAAAUUUGAGAAUGAGCUGUAUGUGACGAUGCAUUAUAACCAGGUGCUUCCAGAUUACCUGAAGGGGUUAUUCAAUGUUGUGGCUCACAUAAAACCCACCGAGCAGCAGUUCCAACAGAUCUCGAGGCUAGCGGCCCUGCAACAUCGGGCUAAAGACAGUGUCUACCUGCCCACUGCCCGGGAAGUUCAGGACUACAUCCCCAGUCAGUUCUACAAGGUCCUGAAGCCCCAGUCUUGGCUGAAUAUGGUCAUGCAGCACAUGCAGCAAAUCCAACCGCUCAGCCCGCACCAAGGACGAGCUCAGUUCUUAGGUAUAGUGAGCGAUUUCCCCAUGUUUGGCUCGUCCUUCUUCUACAUCCAGAGCUGCAGCAACAACACAGUCAUCGCCCCCUGUAUCUUGGCCGUCAACCAGAACGGACUGAACUUCCUCAAUAAGGAAACGCAUGAGCUGGUUGUGACAUUCCCACUGAGCAACAUCCAGAGCACUAGGACCCAGCGACCUGCAUCAGGGUUCAGCUACCCGUAUGUCGAUGUCAUGCUGGGUGAUGUGAUGUCACAGAGAGUUACGCAGCUCCAGCUCGAGCAGGGCCUGGAGCUGUGCAGGGUGGUCGCUACGCACAUGGAGAAUCUGCUUCAGAGCCGGGAUAAGCACCUCACCCUCCCACCCAGUGACAUUACUCUUCUCUGAGCAGUGCUACUGAGCCUCACUCAUGUGUGGGCAACCUGCUGUUCUCCAGACCCACCUUACUGGAUGCCAAACUCCCCCAGGCCUAGUCUGGGAAAAGUGUCCAAGGUUCGGGAUUCAAUGCAGCUGUGGAAAAUGAAUUAUUCUAUCCUAAUGUCUACAAGCUUUUUAAAGGAAAAGUAUAACCCCUAUUUUAACACGACUUUAAUGAACUGGGCUUGUACCGAACAUACAUUUGCCUUUUAAAAAUAAAUAACAAGAAGGGCACACUCCCCAAGUGUAAAAUCAUUACGAUGAAUUUAUUUGGAGGCACAUUUAUCCAAGGUCGAAUUUUAAAAUUCAUGUGAGUUUUUAAAAACUCCCAUGAAUUCGAAAUGCGACCAAUCGAAAUUUAUGAACAAAAUUGAAUUUUAAAACCGCGGAUGAAUUUGAUUGACCCGAAUUCAAUUUGAAUUUAAAAGACUUGAUGUGAGUUUUUUCUCCGAAAAAAACUCAAUUGACAGAAAGGCUGAAAAUCGCUCCAAACUGAUUCCUGGACGUCUCCCAUUCGCUCAAACAGCAAUUCUGCAGGUUUUACGUAGUGAAUAGUCCAAUUCGAGUUCUUAAAGGGAGUAUGAUAAAUUUUGAAAAUCAAAUUCAAAUUUUUUUUAAACUUGAAUCGUAUUUGAAUAACUCCCUAGUUGAAUUUGACAGUUUCGACCAUAAAAAAAUGUAAUUUUAAAUUCGACCCUUGAUAAUCUGCCCCUUAAUAUGGAUAAAAUGCACUUAGAGUUUUUGCAGGCAACAAUAGCUUAUAGUUGUGCAAUGGGAAGAUUCAGUUCCCGUCAAUGAACAUUCAGAAGAUUCAAAUCCCAGUCCCAGCGUGUUUCAUCACUCUCAGUGACUUCUUCAAGAGUUAAAGAUCAAUAUAAUUCCUUUUAGAAUAUAUAUUAAUAAAAGCAGAAAUUCACUCUGCUAUCCCAGCAAUAAUAUCAAAGUCGCACAAGUGGUUGGGUAUAAAUAGCGCUCCAAUGACCGUUAAUCAGGUGGAUUAUGCCCAAAAGUAAGAUGGCUCCUAUUGCAUCAAAUGGGUAUGUGCGCAUGUGCUAAAAUUACCAAUCAGUGCGGCUGGUUUUGGACUAUAUAUAAAAGAAGAGGACUUUCUUCCCUAUACACUAUUUAUUUUAUAGACUGGUUUAAAUUGCCCCCUGUAUUUUAAUUUAAUACAUGUGCCUUUUGUUAUAAUGAGGCGAUGUCUUUUCUUGCACUAGACAGUGCAAAGGUCAAGUAACGUUACAUUCUAUUUCCUGUUCUUAUGAGCACUAUCAAAGCAAAUCAGCAGUCCACUGAGCGGACCCGUUUAGAAUGAGCUUCCAUCUAAAAGCCUAAAACAAAGGGAAGGGGGGUAGUUUAUACAGAGGGCUUCCUCUUUAGUGAACAUCAGCUAUAUCUUUUAUGGUAUCUCUUUAUACAGUCUAUGAGAAAACUUAAAAACUGUGCGGAGUUCAGGGGUAUACUUAUCUUGCCAUCGUUUUAUGGUCUCUUUGUACAGACAAUGAGCCCAAUUUAAGGGUCUGUUUCUGCAGAAUUGUUCUCAGUAUAAGGGAAUACCUAUGCCUCCUUUAGUGGGAAGCUUCUAAUAUUUCCAUUGGAAUAUGUCAGUGUUGCUUCAUAAAUACCAUUUGCACUAUGUGCUAAAGCAGCAAGUGUGUGUGUGUUUUGUGUAAUGUCGGUAUUGUAGAUAUUUCUAUUAGAAUCCAAAUUCUCAUUCUAUCCCCCUCCCUCCCCAUGGACCUCACAUCCCUCUUCACUAAUACAUAAGAGCAAAAGGUCUAUGCGGAUAAGUGUAUUUUUGUUUUAUUUUUUUUAGCGGUUUUGGCUUUUAUAAAUAUUUACAAAUCUCUGUAUUUUACAAUCCCUUUGGAAUACAGUUUUGUAAUAUUUUUGCAUUGUUUUAAAUUGAUUUUUUAAAAUGCAUUAAUAA